GAGAGAGAAAUCCCAGGACAGGCAGCGCUGAGGGAAACACGCCACACUCACCACAAAGCCUCCGUCACCGACAGAUCACAUCGAGACGCUGUGAGGAAGAUGCUUGUUUACAUCAGAGGACGGGACAAUAGCUUCUUAAGCUGCUGAGACAAAAUCACGCCGAAGGACCGAGGGAGAGGGAGCCCAGGGCAGUGGGGGACGGGGGGACGGGGGACGGGGGCGGGGGACAUUUCACGGCAGGUUUGUUCUGUGGCUUUAAACGAACAGCUUGAAGGAAAGAGGGGAAAAAAAAGAGAAGCCGCUGGGUUCUUCAUCGUCUCCUCACACGGACAUCCGUCUCUCGCCGUCUCGCUGCAGAGAGACACCCCCCCCCCCGGCGUCCCAGAGGUCUUAGUCUCCGUGCACCCAGAGACCAUGAGCGAGGCGAAGAAGAAAGGCGAGCUCGCCCUCCGGGACAAAGCCGUCCUGCACCAGCAGAGGCGUCUGAAGCAGGCCACCCAGUUCUCACACAAGGACUCGGCUGACCUCCUGCCCCUGGACGGGCUCAAGAGGCUCGGCACCUCCAAGGACCUGCAACCUCACAGCAUCGUGCAGCGCCGCCUGAUGGAGGGGAACUUCACGCGGCUGAGGGGGGACCUCUGGGACCCCAACGCCAGGGUUCGCUCCCCGCUGGCCGACCCCAAGGACGGAGCGGCCGACGCCGAGGAGAAGAGCGAGAGCACCGCCGAGGACUCGGAGGCGGAGGAGAGGGAGUCCCUGGAGGAGAGCGAGAAGAGCCUCCGCUCGGACGAGGAGGAGGAGGAGGAGGAGGAGGACGACGACAGCGAGGCCGGAGCCGGACGGACGGCGGAGAAGACGGAGGGCUCCGCCCCCCUCACGGCGCUGCUCGUUCAGUGCAAGUGCCGCGAGACCGAAGUCAAGGCGUCCAUCAACACCGGCAGCCAACACAACCACAUCUCCAGCUCCUGCUGCCAGAGGCUGGGACUGGUUCCCGGCGGCGGCGGCGGCUCGGUGGCGUGUCUGCAGCUGCAGCUGGGCGGGCAGACGGUCCAGUGCUCGGCCCACGUCACAGAGGACGAGGCCUUCGAGCUGCGCCUGGGCCUUCAGACCCUGCUGGAACUCAAAUGCUGCCUGGACCUGAGCACCCGGGUCCUGAAGCUGCGCGGCCUCGGCGAGGAGCUGCCCUUCCUCAACCCUUCGCCCGCCAGCCAGUGCCAACACGACACCAACGAGAACCUGUGAAGAUGAAAAAAAAAAAAAAGAAGAAAAAAAAACUCCACUUUUAACUCCACCCAAAAUCCCCCGGCGGUUGCGGCGGUCGUGUCGCUAUAAGCGGCGUUGGCGUCCGGUCACGGUGUCUCUCGCACACCGCCAGAACGUGGAUGAGUUUACAUCGAUGUGUUUGUAGAACAUUCGCCGUGAUUAUCUCCUUGUGUUAGAUUAGCCUCGUUCACAGAGCGGGCACAAUUCGGUAGAUCUGUAGAUCUGAUCAUCUAUGAUUAUAACGUGCGUUCGGCUCCCUGAAAAGGGAAAACCAUUAUAGGUAUUCUAACGUUGGCUUUAGUGGCAUAUUUUGUGAUUUGGCAGUUUAAACUUUAAAUCAUCAAGUAGAUGACAAGAGGGUGUUUCAAGCUGUGUGAGAAGACGACGGAGAGCCGCUUAGCGUAGCAUUAUAGCUGGAAACAGAGGGAAACAGCUAGCAUAGCUCUAUCAAAAGGUAAAAAAACCCCUACUAGCAUCAAUAACGAGCACAGGUAAACUUGUUAAAUGAUAAAACCAGGGGCCUUUAACCUCUAACCUCUUUUCCAGCCUUUAUGCUAAGCUAAGCGCUGCUAUCCGUAGCUUCGUUGUGAACGUGGAUCGGAGGAAGCGUCUUCCCCCUCUCGUCCAACCUACAAACUAAAUAACUGUUCUUGAGCAGCAAUUGGGUUCGGAUCCUCUUUGAGACAAUGACGGGUUCUUUCUUUCCCCAUCAGAACACACCGACGUGGCCCCGUUUUUUUUGCCAGGAGCUCACUUUUCAGUGGUUGAUGAAAUAGACGUCCGACCUCACUUGACCCGGCCCACAUGAAAAACAUUCCAUCUGCAUGACCGAUUAAAAGUUCUGCCUUCGUACAAGUCUGCAUGUCAGUGCACCAGUCGGAUUGCGUGUGCGUUAGCGGUCAUUGCAGGUUGUUUUUUUUAAAUAUUUUUUGGUUCCAUUCCUCGUGUUUCACACGGGAAAAAUAAGUUGCCAAUAAGUCGAACCCCCUCCCCGAGACGCUGACGCGGCGCUCUGUGCCAAGGCCCCCUCCCCUCUUCACGCAGGAAGCUGGACCGUCAAUCACGUCAUUCCCUCCGGCUACCCGGUGGCGCCUGCCCGGGGGGACGGCGAGCUGCCUCAGACGUGCGCUGUGCUUCAACGACGCCCGAGCCCUGCUUUCCUGGACCGCGUGACGUAUCGACGCGUAGAUUUGUUCCUCUUUGGCGUGCUAGUGACCUUCCAGCGGCGUGCGAGAGGAGUCCAUGUGUGACAGAAAUUUAUUUUUGGUGUUUCCCUGAACAAGUAUUUUAUCUGCCUAAUAAAAAUAUGUAUUCUGGCUAAACAA